GUCUCCCUUCAACCUCGAGACCUGCGCUCGCCCCAACAUCCUCGCCCUGCAACCCUACCGUUGCGCUCGAGAGUCAGUUCUCCUCAAUCUCAAAUCAAACAUACAUCAUAGCUAACAUGCAAAACAGUGACUACAAAGACGACGGCACAAACAUCCUCCUCGACGCAAACGAAAACGCCUUUGGCCCCUCCCUCGACGCAGCCUCCAUAGCCGCCUACUCCUCCUCCUCCCAAUCAAACGACAACAACAGCCAAGGCAUCGACCCCCUCGGCCUCCACCGCUACCCAGACCCUCACCAGCUCGACCUCAAACAGCUCCUCUGCACCCUGCGCAACACCCACGCCCACACCGAAAAGACGCUCACCCCGGCCAACCUCUUCGUCGGCGUCGGCAGCGACGAGGCCAUCGACGCCCUGCUGCGCUGCUUCUGCGUCCCCGGCAAGGACCGCAUCCUGACAUGCCCCCCGACAUACGGCAUGUACGCCGUCUCCGCGCAGGUCAACGACGUGGCCAUUGCAAAAGUGCCGCUGCUGCCCGCGCCCACGUUCGGCCUCGACGUGCCCGCCAUCUCCGCCGCGCUCUCGGCCGACCCGUCCAUCAAGAUUGCCUACCUCUGCUCGCCGGGCAACCCCACCGGCUCGCUGCUGGCAAAGGCCGACGUCGUCGCGCUGCUCAACCACCCGACGUGGAACGGCGUCAUCGUCCUUGACGAGGCCUACAUCGACUUUGCGCCCGACAACGCCUCCCUCGCCGAGCUGGUGGCCGAGUACCCCAACCUCGUCGUCAUGCAGACCCUCUCAAAGGCCUUUGGCAUGGCCGGCAUCCGCCUCGGCGUGGCAUUUGCCCCCGCGCCCAUCGCCACGCUGCUCAACAGCCUCAAGGCGCCGUACAACAUCUCCAGCCCGACCAGCGCCCUCGCCCACUCCGCCGUCAGCGCGCAGGGCCUCUCCGUCAUGGAGUCCAACAGGGCCAAGAUCAUUGCCCAGCGCGACAGAAUCAUCAAGGAGAUUGCCUCGAUUCCCGGCGUGGGUCGUCUUCGCGGUGGCACCGAGAGCAAUUUCCUCUUGUUCGAGAUGCUCAAUGCGCAGGGCCAGCCGGAUAACGCCGUUGCGCUGGCGGCGUACGAGAAGCUCGCCGAGACAAAGGGCGUGGUUGUUCGCUUCAGAGGCAAGGAGCAUGGAUGCUUGGGAUGCUUGAGAAUCACGGUUGGCACAGAAGAGGAAGUGACGAGAUUUUUGGCAGCGCUGAAGAAGACGUUGGAAGAGGUAAGAGCGUAGAUGAAAAUAUGUGCGUAGACGUUGUAAGAGAUGGAAUGAAAAAAAAAGCGGUCUUCAAGAUAAACGGAAAAAAAAAAGGACUACACGGAUACCAUUGGCAUGUUACAUAUAGAGAGUAAAAAGAAAUAGUCAAGGGCGAUUUGAAAUGAUAUAAAAAUUUCUAUAUCCGUAUAUAUCAAGAAAAGUCGUCAAUUCG